AUGAGCUUCUGGUUUUUACCUCCGCGCAGGAGAGCCGAGCAGCAGAGGCGGGCUGGCGGCCGAUCUGACUGGGGUACAGCGGGCCUGUUAGUGUGCUGCUCUUUGGCUGUUAGGAAGAUCUGAUGUUGCAGUAUUAUUUUUAGGAUAUCUGGAUUCGUUUCGUGCCGACCUGGAGGACUCUGAGUGACAGAAGCCCGUAUUUGUCUGACUCUCCCUGCGGUCAUUGGCGGCGCAGAUGGCGGCCACCGUCGAGGAGCUGUACCGUAACUACGGGAUCCUCGCAGACGCCAAAGAGGAUCUCAGCCAGCAUAAAGACGCCUACCAGGUUAUUCUGGAUGGUGUGAAAGGAGGUCCAAAGGAGAAGCGACUGGCUGCACAGUUCAUUCCAAAAUUCUUCAGCAGUUUUCCAGAACUAGCAGACGCAGCCAUUAAUGCACAGUUGGACUUGUGUGAAGAUGAAGAUGUCUCGAUUCGAAGGCAGGCCAUUAAAGAACUCCCACGCUUUGCUGCUGGAGAAAAUUUACCCAGAGUAGCAGACAUUCUCACACAGCUACUGCAGACAGAUGAUUCGGCAGAAUUCAAUCAAGUAAACAGUGCGUUGAUCUCCAUAUUCAAAAUUGAUCCAAAAGGGACUCUUGGAGGCCUGUUUAGCCAGAUUCUGCAAGGUGAGGAUGUUGUACGAGAACGGGCAAUAAAAUUUCUCUCCACAAAGUUGAAGACAAUGCCAGAUGACAUUAUGACCAAGGAGGUAGAGGACUACAUCUUCACAGAAACUAAGAAGGUACUGGAGGAUGUGACCGGAGAGGAAUUUGUGCUACUGAUGCGAGUGCUGUCUGGCCUGAAGUACUUGCAAACAGUGAGUGGGAGGCAGCAGCUUGUGGAACUUGUAGUGGAACAGGCCUUCCUGGAGCAGGCCCUCAACCCUGCUGACACAGACAGUGUGGAUCGUCUCCUGCAGUGCACACGCCAGGCACUGCCACUCUUCUCGAAAAAUGUGCAUUCCACUCGAUUUGUGACAUACUUCUGUGAACAUGUUCUACCUAACCUCAGCAUGCUCACCAGCCCUGUGGCAGAGCUGGACAUCCAGCUUGAAGUCCUAAAGUUGUUGGCUGAGAUGAGUCCAUACUGUGGUGACAUGGACAAACUGGAGGCCAACCUAACAAUGCUUUUUGAAAAGCUAUUGGAAUUCAUGCCCCUGCCUCCUGAGGAAGAGAAUGGGGAGAAUGCUGUGAGUGAAGAACCCAAGCUACAGUUCAGCUAUGUGGAGUGCUUGCUUUUCAGCUUCCACCAACUUGGCAAAAAGUUACCAGACUUCCUCAUCGACAAGAUCAAUGCUGAGAAGUUAAAGGACUUCAAGAUCAGGCUACAGUACUUUGCACGAGGACUGCAAGUAUACAUUCGGCAACUCCGUGUGGCAUUGCAAGGCAAAACUGGUGACGCACUAAAGACUGAGGAGAAUAAAAUCAAGGUUGUGGCUUUGAAAAUCACCAACAACAUCAAUGUCCUUAUUAAGGAUCUCUUCCAUAACCCUCCAUCAUACAAAAGCACAGUCACUCUGUCCUGGAAACCAGUGCAGAAGACUGAGGCGGCAGCUGUGGUGGGUCAGAAACGCUCAUCUGGAGAAGACACUGGUACAGGAACACUUGGCAAAAAGGUUUCUCCAUUGCCGAGGAGAGAUGCACGGCAGAUUUACAACCCUCCGAGUGGAAAAUACAGCGCUACCAUCGGAAAUUUCUCUUAUGAGCAAAGAGGUGGAUUCAGAGGUGGCCGGGGGCGAGGCUUUGGAGGAAGAGGAAACAGAAGUCGAGGCCGGAUCUACUGAAGGGGGGCUGCUACAUUUUUACAUCCACACACACAGACACACCUGCAGGACUGCCACAUGCCAACAUCUCCACUGUUCUGAAAACAUCAGCCCUGUUAGUCUCCCCACUCACCGCUGUGCUCUGUCUCCAUGAUUUUGCUCCUCCAGUUUGUCGUUUUUCCUUUCAGAAUGUAGUUAGGGAUAUUCAGCAGCAUUUUCCCCUCACAGCAGCACAGCAUUUGGUUUUUUUCUUCUUUGUGGAACAAACACUGCAGAGGUUGUAAUUUUGAUUUUUUUUGUAUGGUGACACAUCCUUUGUACUUUUUUUUAACCUUAGUUUUUCCAACGCUUUUGUUGGAAAAAUUGUCUUCACAUGAGUUUGUAAGAUACAACUGUUUUCCUUUCGCAUUUUAUGAUAAACUAGUCCCAGUCAAAUUGUUUGUCAUUGUUUGGUAAUUUUUGGAAAUAGUCAUUUAAGUUUGUAUCAGAUCUCUUUGUGCCCUGUGUUUGGGCUUUGCUUUUGGUAUGUAAAGAAAAUGGUAUUUUUAGUGAUGUACAACUGAAUGGCCAUCUUUGCAGAUAAUAGCUUCCCUAAUGUGCAUCCAGUACAGAAAUUUCAGUAACUGAAUUGUUAAUUUUUCAGACUUUUUACAUCAUUUUUGGAGUUUUGGUUUUGGACCAUCUUUUUGCAUGCAUAUUUUA